AUGUGGGUCUUUAAGUGGACUGAGUGCCUCCGUACGUUCAGGGUUCAUUCUGGACCGGUGCGGGUUUAUGUCGAGGGGAGACCGAGUCCGCAGCACUCCUGUAAACGAGCUGAGGCAGCGUUAACGCCGAUCAAUACACUAAACAGCAAUCUGUCAGAGCGGUGGAAGGUUAAUGUAAGCAAGAGCAGCGUCAUGAUGUUUGAGAGCCAAUUCAUUAUGAGAAGGUCGUUCAGACGUGCGUCUGCGCGGAGAAGGUUUAAAGACGAGGGGGUUCUCAAAAAGACGACUCGUGUGGAGAGACGACGGAUCAGGUUAAAUAAACAAACACUCAGCGAAGGAAACACGAAAUAUCAGAGAGGAACAGAGUCAGGGAAAAACCGCCAUCAUCACAGUCACCACAAUCAGCCAAUCAGCUCUCACCGCUCCUCACUCUGA